AUGAUUAAGCAAGCAUAUGCAGGCGAGGCAUGUUCAAGAAUUCCUGUUUUAGAAUGGCACAAAAGGUUUCAUGAAGGCAGAGAUUUAGUGCAAGACGAUCCUAGAGCUGAUACCGAACGUGUAAAGCAGUUAUUGCAAGAAGAACGUCGUGUAACUGUGCAUAUGAUAUCAAAAGAACUGAAUUUAAAUCGUGAUGUGGGUCAUCAGAUUUUAUGCGAAGAUUUACGGAAACACAAACUUAAUGCAAGAAUCGUCCCUCACUCACUAGCAGAUGAAAAGAAAGAAGACAGACGAAGAAUUUCUGCUGAACUAUUGAAUAGAGCCAGACGUAAUCCCACAUUUGUGUCAUAG